UUUCGCCAUCCUUCUUUGCCAAGAUUUAGCUACUUCCAGGACUAUGGGAAACUGUGUCUUUUUAAGGGAAGCAUUGUUUCUGGGAGUCUAAGUUUACAGGUGUUUCUGCUGGUUAUCUGCACUGACCUUAGUAACAGGGAGAAAGUGAGGGAGUGUAGAUUCCCAGCACCUGCUGCUGAAGUGUCUAGUUGAGGAGUUGGCUGUGCAGCCAUGGAGAUCAUGAUUCUGGAAAGCGGUGGUGUAAUGAAUCUCAACCCCAGCAACAACCUCCUCCACCAGCAGCCAGCCUGGACAGACAGCUACCCUGCAUGCACCGUUUCCAGUGGUUUUUUUGGAAGCCAGUGGCAUGAAAUCCAUCCUCAGUACUGGACCAAGUACCAGGUGUGGGAAUGGCUCCAGCACCUCCUGGACACCAACCAGUUGGAUGCCAGCUGCAUCCCUUUCCAGGAGUUUGACAUCAAUGGCGAACACCUCUGCAGCAUGAACUUGCAGGAGUUCACCCGGGCGGCAGGCACCGCGGGUCAGGUCCUUUACAGCAACCUGCAGCAUCUCAAGUGGAACGGCCAGUGCAGCAGUGACCUAUUCCAGUCCACGCAUAAUGUCAUAGUCAAGACUGAACAAACUGAACCUUCCAUCAUGAACACCUGGAAAGAAGAAAACUAUUUAUACGACACCAACUAUGGUAGCACAGUAGAUUUGUUGGAUAGCAAAACUUUCUGCCGGGCCCAGAUCUCCAUGACAACCGCUGGUCACCUUCCAGUUGUAGAAUCCCCUGAUAUGAAGAAGGAACAGGACCACCCCACAAAAUCCCACACCAAAAAGCACAAUCCCCGAGGAACUCACUUAUGGGAAUUCAUCCGGGACAUCCUUUUGAACCCAGACAAGAAUCCAGGGUUGAUCAAGUGGGAAGACCGGUCUGAGGGCAUCUUCAGGUUCUUGAAAUCAGAAGCUGUGGCUCAGCUCUGGGGAAAAAAGAAAAACAACAGCAGCAUGACUUAUGAGAAACUCAGCCGAGCCAUGAGAUAUUAUUACAAAAGAGAAAUUCUGGAACGUGUGGAUGGACGAAGACUAGUAUAUAAAUUUGGGAAGAAUGCACGCGGGUGGAGAGAAAAUGAAAACUAAAGCUACCAAGCCUUUGAACACAGCCCUAUUCACCCCAAAUAAUAACAAACCAAGAACUCCUGGACGUAAAUAUUUCAAAGACAACUUUUCUCUGAUAUUUAUGUACCACGAGGGGUAAAAAUCUACUUCUAACGGGAAGAAGGAACACUACAGUUGAAAAAUUAUUUUGUUACUUUGAAGUAUGUCCUAUAUGGGGAACACAUGUACACAGUUUUCUGUGAACUAUGAUGUUAUAUGUGGUUGUGACUUGUUUUGCCUCUAUUGUGAAGUUCUUUUCUACUGCAAGAAGAACAGGGUUCGUGGCCUUAGGCUUCUUGCUAAGAGAAAGGAAAACAAAGUCAGAGGGCAUUAAAUAUUUUAAUAUGCACCAU